AUGAGUGCCGGCGGAUCCGAAGAGGCUCACAGCGGAGAUGGUCCUCCGGCGGACGCUCCACUUGGAGGGGACUCUGUCUCUCUCGCUGAUGCGCUGCACUCCUCGUCUCUCGCAGCGCGAGGAGGCAGUUUCCCGGGUGAACUGGCUAGCUCGUUAGAUGUCCUUUCGGCUGUCCUUUCGACAGCUGCGGAAGCCGUUUCUGAGGCGGACCAAGGCAUUCGCGAUCCCUCCAGCGUCAACCUCGUCGCGAGCGCAGUAAUCAUGAACAUCCCAACCACUCCAGAUAUCACCAAGGCAGCCUCUGCUCAGCUGCGCCAUAUCCUGUCUGUUGUGCGCUCUGCUAUUGUGGCCGAAGUCCGUGCCGUCGCAGACUCCGGCAACGCGGCGUUGCCUCUGCUGACGUCAUUCUGCCAGGCGGCGCAGCACGCUUUCAAACGCAUGCGGGCAGCUCCGGCGGCCGUCGCGGAAGCCGGCGUCGCGCGGUACCUCAGUGUGAUUUGCGAGGUCAUCCAGAACCUGACUGCACUCGAAGCGAAGGUUCUCUGCGAGCACCAGGCAUGCACUUCCGUUUUCUGUAACGCUCUUGUGUUGUUGAGUCGCUCCCUGGCACCAGCUGCAAGAGCAGCCUCGGCGGCUGGUCUCGAGGCGACUGACAGCCUCACGCUGCUGGAGCGACAACUCUGCCAACCUGUGGAGGCAGGCUCCAAUGCCCCUCUCCUUCGCGGAACCGCCGUUCACCUUCUCGAGAGACUGUGCGACAUGUCGCCGUCGCUUCGAGAACUGCUUCUUCAGCAGGCGACCAAAGGCCUCGCGUCCCCGCUGCCGGAAGGCGAUUGCGGGCCGUACGUUCCUGUUUACAUCCUCGGCCGGUAUAUGCGGAAGAUCCUGACCAGCGGGGCGUCUCGAGGCAAAGCCGAGAAAGGCAGGCACUCCCCAGGGUCGCACCAGGCGCCAGACGACGAGAAGAAACUGCUGGCCGCCAAGAAGUCGGACGCACUCGACAUGAGACAAGCUCUCCUCAAAUUGUACAUCCAGGCAGUGGUGGAGUCCCGGCAACCGGUUGGCGGGGUUCUCUGCGCCGCGUUUCGUCCUCUCCUUUCCCUGGUUCAAGAAGGCGACUGGUCUCUUGUCUUGCCCCCGCUCAAGCGCGGCCUGAAGCGCUCGCCCAACGCUGCGCUGGCGGCAGCCGUCUGCCUUGUUUCGUCCUCCUCGGUGGAAUGCAGCAGUUGUUUCAUUCCCCUGCUCGAAGAAGGUCUGUUGGACAUUUUGAAGAGCAGCAGCGUGGCGGUGUCGGAGACCUCCCGGCUUCAGGCGACCCUCCAGCUGAUCGGUUUGCUGGCGCAGCGGUGUAGCGACACCGCGGUGCUUUGCGAGGUCAUCGUGAAGCGUCUGUACGCGCCACUCAAGAAAGGCAGUUUGACAAAGGCGGGCGAAAGGAUCGCCUUCCUCGGGGCUCUCUCAGAGUGUCUGAUAUCGUCUCACCUUCGGCGUCGUUUUCCGGCCGAGAUGCAGGAGGAGUGGUUUUCCGACUUCGCAUCGGGGCAGGCUUCUUUCUUUCUCGCGUCGCUUCAAAACGAAGUGAACGAGGAAGUGAAGGUUGCCGUCUGCCGCGUCCUCGGCCUCCUCCUCUCUGUGUCUCUUCCCCUCGUCUCCGACCCUGCUGACGCUUCUCUCAAACCCUUUGUCUCCGCCCUCGCGAAGCUCCUCGCUCUCCCAGGAACGGGCGGCGCUUCGGACAAGGCAAGCAAGUCCACCCCGCCGUCUCCGCGUCUCGCCUCUGCGUCUCUUGAAGCUUUGUCGGUCGCCGCAGCCAGCCAACGCAACCGCGUGGCGGGCCUCGGAGUCCUCCGAGAAGCAGGUGUACCUACAGCUGCCAUUCUUCCGCUCGCGACGACCAAGGCGGGAUUGCGGCCUCAGUGCCUGCAGGCUUGGGUCCUCAUUUCGCUCUUGGAAGAACUCCGAACAAAUGAAGAAGGCUCAGCGGGCCUCGUGGCAGGCGUUGGAGGCGAGAGGGACGACGCAUGCCUGGUACCGAAGAGCGCAGCGCAGUUGAUCAUCGACGGCGACUCGUACCUGAACAACUUAGUUGCCGUGGAGAAGGCGCAAGUCCCAGAGGAGUUGCGCUCUCAGCUCCGCUUCGUGACGCUGCUGUGCGCGCGUCGACCUCUCGUCCUCUCGACUGUGCCGUACGGUUUUCCGCGCCAAGAAUCUGGAGAGCCCGUCCUCCUUGGAGGCGUCACGGCCCUGUCGCUCGGGUUCCUUGAUCUUUUCGACCGUUCCCACUUCCCUUUCCCUCCACUGUCGUCUGGUGCGUCUGGGCCCGAGACGGCGGCGUCCGGCGCGGCCAGCUGUCCCCUUGUCUCCGGCUUCCACUUCGGUCUCGUACGCCUCCUGAUGACCGCGAUGCAGCGCCGAUUUCACGGCCAGUGUUCCUUGAAGGGGACUUCUGAGGAGGAGACGGCGACUCCGGCCUCGCGUGCUGGCCCGUCGUCCGACUCUUCUGCGUUUGCCGCCUCCUUGUCUUUCUUCCUCUCGCGCUUUCAACAGGCUGCCCGACCCGUGCCUGAUCUUGUCGACUUGCUGCUCCUCGCCUUCUACUUCCAACUGGCGCGUUUCUCGUCGGCUCCUGUCGCCUCGCCGACUUCGGCGCCGGCGGGGGCCGCCAAAGCCCAGGGAGUCCAGACGCGGAAAGGGGCGUCGUCCGCCGCGCCUCCGGGCGGGUCUGCGGGGGCGAAAGCGUCGUCGAGUUCACCGGCUGCGCUCUCUACAAGUCCACCUUGUCCGUCGGCCCUUCGCGCCACGCUAGGCUUUCUGCUCACUCUUCGGUACCCUCAAACGUCGACGUCGGCCUCGGCGUCUCUAUCGGGCGCCUCGCGAUUGGCGGAAGGCGGCAGCGUUCCGCCUUCGCCCCAGUUCAAUGCUCUUCUUCUGUUGUGUCUCAUGCACCCGCUUCUCCAGUCCGGGGCGCAGUCGCCAGGCCACCUGCUUCGCGCGUUCUUCUCGCGUAUGCAGGCGCUCUGUGGAGUCGCGGAAGGCGCAGGGUCGAGCAGGGACAAGAAAGCUGGCGCGGGAGAGGCCAAGAAGCCGCCGGCGCUGGUGGCCUGGGACGCCCUCCUUGCGCUGCUGCCGCUCGCCGCUCAAGCGUCGGCCGCCGCCGAAGCUACGGGAGGCUUCCGGGCCGCUCUCUUCUGUCUGGUGCAAGGCGUCCGGGGUCUCCUUCUCGCAAAGGCCGCGGUGGACAAGAAGCGAGGCGCGAAAGCCUCACCAGACGGCCAAGACCGAGGGAGUGGCUCGAAGCCGGGAAAGGGAACGGCGGAGCCUCUGUCGGCGAACCCGUUCGUGGCACCGGCGGUGCUGAGGGGCCUCGAGCCCGCAGCGAAGACUGCAUGCAGCCAGCUCGCUGGCCUGCUAGGCGCUGCGGAAAUGACGACCUUUUCCGCGCAAGACGUUGCCCUGUACUUUGCGCGCGACGACCAACUUUACCGCGAAGAAGGGACGUACCAGGCCCAAGAAGUCGAGGCGAAAAACGUGAAGAAAAACAAGUUCCAGAGCGCGCUGUACGGCGACUUGGCUGACGAGCUGCGCCCGGGCUCCAAGCCGGCGCCGGGGGCUGGCGGCGGGCCCCGGGGCGCGGGCGCGGCCCGAAAAGACCCGCGGGGCCAGCGACCCGGCCAGGGCGCAGGCAGUUCGGCCAGCCAGACCAAGACGGAACUGGAGGCGGAAGAGUUGGCCCUUCAACAGGCGCAGCGCCGCCGCAUGCGUGCAAGUGUCGACCGCACCACCUACGCCUUGCAGUGCCUCGGCUUGUUGGGCGAAAGCAUGCCGGCGGCCAUCGAGCCUCUCUUCUCUGUCCACGAGGUGGCCCGAAAAUCCGCCGACGCGGCGGGCGCCCCUCUCGUUGGUCCAGGCCAGGACAGCUCCGCGGGGCGUCCGGAGCGGGUUGCGGUCACGCAGCUGCAAGUCACGUUCCAAGAGUUGAUGCGCAGUCCCCUCGUGAGUCUGGAGGCUCUGAAAGCGCUCCGCCGCGUCGUCAACGGCGGCCUAGUGCCGCAAAACGUCGUGUUGAAACGAAGCGCGCUGCCCGACGCUCUGUGCCGCGUGGCGCGCCAGUUGCCCCUGGAGGCGUCGGACGUGGCGCUGCUGGCGACAAUCCAACCCGAGGCGGUGCUGUCGCCGGCCGCAGCCGCGCUGAUUCUUCCGGUCGUCUCUGCGAUCCUCCAGAACGCCGAGAGCUCGGGCCUCGCGGCCUCGCAGCAAGCGAUGGAACUGCUGCGGCAGCAACUGCAGCUUCGCGCCCCGCUGCAUGCACGCGAAGUCCUCGCCUGUCUCUCCGCCUCGCUGCGGGCGCACCCGUCCCUGGUGAACACGGCGGCGACUGCUCUACAGGACUUCUGCGCCUACCUCCUCGCGGGAAAAGAGACAGUCGACGAGCCCGUCGAAGGCGAGAAAGCCUCGCUGCUCCUCACGCUGCUGAACGUCGCCGUCGCGGACGAGCCGGCCGUGAGGCGCGCCGUCGUGGAGGCGCUGCAGGCUGCGCCCAAGGACUAUCUGAAGAAACACGUGGAGUGCGUCGGCUACUUGCUCGUCUUGCAACAAGAUGUGAAGGAAGGCGACGACGAAGAAGGCCGGCGAACCCACGCCAAGGCCAGCAAACUGCUCAAGACAGUCUGGAGUCAGCAUGAUGUUGUGGACCAGGAGAGACUGAAGGACGUCGGAGUCCUGCUCCGGACCCCGUAUAAAGGCUUUCAACUGCUGGCAGCGAAGGCCUUUGCCGCGUUGGUGGCCGAUUUGGGCGGGGCGAGCCAGCUGAAUGUCGUCAUGGCGAUCCUUCCGCAGUUGUUUUCGUGGUUUUCGUUGGAGGCGUAUCCGGAGGGUGCGGAGAAGGCUGCGGCGCGCCGCGAGAAGCGGCGCCUGGAGAGCCUGAAGGCCGCGGAUAAGGACGAUUUCGGCUUUCCCUCGAGGGGCGGCGUGGGAGGCCAAGCGGCGAAGCCCGUCAUUGCGUACCAGAAGAAAGACGCGGAAGACCCGUUUUUCGCCACGGGAAACGCAGGCCGCAAGGGACGGGGCACGUCGUCCCCGCAGAGCGAUUCGGCGCGCGACGAGAAGAGCCCUGGCGAGCGCAGCGGGCCAGGGGGAGAGUUGGGCGAAUCUGCGCGAGCAAACUCGCCUCCGCCACGUCGAGGCGCGCUGGGCGCAGAAGAGGAGCAGGAGUCGCUGAGCAUGAAGUUGGGAGUGGCGCUCGCGCUGCAGUGUGUCGCCGAGAAGGAUUUGUUGGCCUGGGAAGAAGCCGUGCAAGAGGUGCUUCGCUUCCUGCUCACUUCUGCCUUGCCGACUCGGGAAGCGAUCGAGCACGAGAGCCUCCAGCAAGCUCUGUUGUCUGUCGGCGUCUCCACGAUUCAGCACUGCGGAACGGACAACGAAGAGGAUGGCGGCCAGGCGAUCCAGCAAGACUUGUUCCACGUGAUUGAGCGCGCCGCCAAGAAGGGCGGCGCACCCGCGCGCACCGCCGAGCCGGCCGUCGCGGCCUCCGUGGCGAAGAGCGAAGAGAAGAAGGCUCGCGUGGACGGCGCCGACGUCCAGGCGGUGCUCAACGUCGCGUGCUCCGUCUUCUUCGGCGCGAUCGCCGAGAAGCUGGACGGCUCGGACCCGACCGUGAAGAAGAUCAUCAAGGAGUUGAUCGCAUGCAUCGUCGACUCGCGCUCGACGUCCCCAGAUGUCCAGCGCACCGUCUCGCGGGCGCUGUCUCCGCUCAUUCGCCUCUGCGCCUCCGGCGCUCCGCAGGCCGGCGAAGUGUCGGAAAACCAGGCCUUCUGCCACGCGCUGCUCUCGCAGAUGCUCGACUGUGCCCUGACCGGGGACGACAUCGUGGUCCGGCGCGGCGGCGCGCGCGCGCUGGGUGGCAUCGUGAAGGGGCUCGGGAUUUUGACGCUCAAGACGCAGCACGUGAUGGACACUCUCAAGGAAGCGCUGGAGAGCAAAGACGGCGUGCGGCGCCAGGGAGCGUUGCUCUGCAUCGAGGCCCUCUCGGACGCCCUCGGGCGGCUCUUUGAGCCGUACACGCUGAACACACUUUCGCUGCUGCUCACAAGCUUCUCCGACACCGCCUUCCCGGUCCGGCUUGCGGCCCAGCAAGCUGCGAGGCAAAUCAUGGCGCAGCUGAGUGGCCACGGCGUGAAGCUGGUGUUGCCGACGCUGAUCGAGAAACUGAACGAUCCGCAGUGGAGGACCAAAGUCGGCAGCAUCGAACUCCUCGCCGCGAUGACCCACUGCGCGCCGCGCCAGCUUGCGUCCUGUCUCCCGCAAGUCGUCCCUCUCCUCAGCGAGGUCAUGUCCGACACCUGCUUCCCCAAGGUCCGAGACAGUGCUCGCGACGCGCUCUUUGCCAUCGCCGAGGUCAUCUCGAACCCGGAAAUCAAGCAUCUGGCCCCCCAGCUGAUUGAGACGCUCGUGGACCCGACGACGGAGAACACGAAGCGGAUGCUGGAGGUGCUCCUGACGACGUCGUUCCGGAACUCCGUGGACGCGCCGUCCCUCGCUCUCGUUUGUCCGAUUGCGAUUCGCGGUCUGCGCGAGCGCGGGUCGGAGACGAAGCACAAAGCGGCGAACAUCGUCGGCUCGAUGGUGUGUCUGGCGACGGAACCGAAGGACUUUCUUCCGUACCUUCCGCAGAUUCUGGUCCACCUGCAGACUACGCUCGUGGACCCGAUUCCACACGUUCGCGCCGCAGCGGCGCGGGCCUUUGGCACGAUCGCCAAGGGCGUCGGCGAGGAGCAUCUCAGCGACGUUCUCUCGUGGCUGUUCCGGACGCUCAAGACCUCCGAGAGCUCCGUGGAGCGCAGUGGCGCUGCCUACGGCUUGUCCGAAGUCCUCGUCGCGCUCGGCCCGGACCGCCUCAAGGCGUUUCUCCCCGACAUCCUCGCGAACGCGACGAACCAGCAGGCGCCGCCGGACGUCCGCGAGGGGUACCUGGGCCUGUUUGUCUACUUGCCUACGGCGUUCAGGGAGAGCUUCCAGGACUACGUCCCCGAGGUCUUGCCGGUUCUUCUCGGCGGCCUCGCGGACAACGCCGAGCCGGUGCGCGAAGUCUCGCUGCGCGCAUGCGACGUCUGCGUCCAGCAGUACGCACAGACGCACACGGCGCUGCUGCUCCGCCCGCUCGAAGACGGCCUUUUCAGCCCCGACUGGCGCAUUCGCCAAAGCUCCGUGACGCUCAUCGGAACGCUGCUGGACCGCCUCCUGCGCGGUUGCGCAGAAGGGGUUGCGGCCGAGGACGUGAUGCAGACGGAAAUCUUGAGUUUGGAACGCCGCGCCUUCAUCCUCAGCUCGCUGUACAUCAUCCGGUCCGACGAAGCCGCCGCUGUGCGCCAGACGGCUGUGCAGGUGUGGAAGAGCCUCGUCUCCAACAGCCCGCGAACGCUGAAGGAACUCCUCCCAAUCCUCACCAAGCGCCUGAUCAGCAACCUCGCUGCGUCCUCCGCUCUCCCCGGCGGAGAAGAGAAGCAGAGAGUCGCUGCGCGAUGCAUUGGCAGUCUCGCGCACAAACUCGGCGACGCGGUCCUGCCGCAGCUGCUGCCGUGUCUCCAAGAGUCCCUCAAGAGCCCAGAUGCGUCGACUCGCCGGGGUGUAUGCAUCGGCCUCGCCGAGGUGGUUUCUUCUGCUCCGCGGUCCAUCCUCUCCGAGCACCUGCGCGUUUUGCUUCAAAUCGUCCGCAUGGCUCUUGCCGACACCGACGCGUCUGUGCAGAAUGCGGCGAGCCGCGCAGCGGGUUGCCUCAUUGACAGUUUAGGAAACGAUGCGUCCGAUCGCAUUCUGCCUCCGAUGCUGUCGCAACUCGUCGAGCCGGCUGUCUAUACACCAGAGCAAGCUGAGCAGACCUUCACGGCUCUGCGCGAUGCACAGCUGCAGGGAUUCGAAUUGCUUCUUCAGCAGCAAACGCAGGCAGUUCUGCCUCGGCUUCUUACUUUGGUUGGCGACAACAGUCGACCGCUAGACGCUUCCAAGUUGCGUCUUCUCGGGUCCUGCGCGACUGUGCAACCUCUCGAGAGACUCCAGCGAAAUCUCAAGAGAAUCUUCCAUUUGCUGCUCGAGGCGUGCAGCCAAACAGAUUUGCCGGAAGGCGCCGACACGACGUUGCUGUGGACAGAAGCGUCGGCGGCUUCGCUCCGUCUGAUCAAGCGUCUCGAUGCAGACGGCGUCUCUCUCUUGCUUUCCAUUGUGGAAGAAGAACUGCGAGCUGCCGGGCCGACGAUUGAACUGACGGCGCACGGCAGGCAGCAGCUGCUGACGCGCAGCGCAGCCGUCGCGCGCGCCAACCACGGUGUGAACGGCCACGCUUCUUCGAAAAAGAACGACGAAGAGCCUGAGGAACUCAGCGGCGCGCGAGCGGGCCCUGUCUCGGCCAUCCCGCCGUCCGCGUUUGUGAAUCUGAAGCAGUUGCGAGCCUAUCCCGGGUUCGUGAAGUGCGUCGAAUCCGAUCCACUCAACGGCAGGCGCCGCCGCGCCGUGUGCGAAGUCGUUCUUCUUCUUCUGUGGUCGCGAGGCAUCAAUGCGAUGCUGCCUUUCCUCGAACAGAUUCUGCAACUCGUUCUCCCACUGGCUCUGACGGAUCCGGCGGAAGAAGUCCUCGUCGCAGGCAGCGCUUGUCUAGCAGCCAUCAACGCGCAGAUCAAGCGAGAAGAUCUGAUCGGAUUCAUUCCACAGAUCCAUGGAUCAGUGUUGCGCUUCUUGGCGGACCCAGUUACAGGCAAGCCUGUUGGAAGCGAGGUGCUGACUCUCCCAGGCCUUGCGAUUUCCAAGAAGGAGCCGGCGACCUUUGCCUGCUCUGUCGCACCACUGCCACCGGAUUUCCCUGCGUUCAGUCCCUCUCUGUUGGCCGGAGCGCCGCCUUCCCCCUGUCCUUCUGCGUUUGAUACCCUCGCUGUCGUCUACCAGCAGGGGCUCAUGUAUGGCAGCGCAACAAUCCGCGAAGCCUCGUCUCGCGCACUGCAGCAACUCGUGCUGCAUGCCAGCUCGUCGGCAGUCGAGCCGAUGGCUGUCAAGCUGGCGGGGCCUCUUAUUCGCACAGUUGGAGACAAAUUCAGUGGACAAGUCAAAGCGGCAAUUCUUCUCGCCAUCAAAGCGCUCCUCUCGAAGGCUGGCCCAAGUGUCAAGCCUCUUCUCCCUCAGCUUCAGACGACGCUCCUGAAGUGCGUGGUGGACCCUCACCUCGCUGUGCGAACUCUCGGCUGCCGUAUCAUCGGCACAGUUACAUCUCUGCACGUCAGUGCAAGAGUUGAAGGCCUUCUUGGCGACAUCGUCGGCCUGAUUCAAAACGCUGCGGCGACUGGAGCAGGCGCUCUGCAAGUUUCUCUGCUGCAGGCUGCAACAAAUGUGCUUCGCAAUCUGAAUGGACAGUGUUCACCGCCGACGUAUGAGAAAGUGCUCGAUGCGGCGUGGGAAGGCGUGAAGAGCCGACAAGAAGAAGAAGCGAGAAUUGCCGCCGGACAGGCCAUUUCGGUUCUUCUUCUCAAACAUGCGAGCCGGGAAACCGCCCUCGAGUUCUUGCAGGAUCAGGUUCUUGAAAGUGGCAACCAAUUCGAGGCGGAUAGCCGUCUGGCCGCGUGUCUCGUUUUAACUCCUAUUUUCCGGAGUGGGGCAGACGGAUGGAAGCUCCUGAAGGGUUCAGACGUCGAAAACGACGUCUUCCUUCUUUUGGGCAACCUUCUGGAAGACCAAGCCAGUGUCGUCCAACGUGCGGCUCUCGAGGUCUUCCGAGUUGCAGCAGCCUGCAGCAGACAUGACUUGGCGGUGGCGAGGCACAGCUUUAAGCUUCUCCCCAACGUGAAGACUGCGCUGGCAGCUUCAGGAGUCACCAACACGGGGGCUCUGAUUGCUGGCCUUCGAGGCGUGCGCAGCCUUGCCAAGCACUCGGCCUCGUUGCUGGCUGAUAAAAACGAGCGAUAUCUUUUGGAUACAUGCGACCUGGCGUCUUUGUAUCUCUUCCACCAGUCGCCAGUUGUCAAGCUUCAGGCCGAGUCCGUCUUCCGCUAUGCUCUUCGCGUAUCGGGAGAAGAUGGGCACGACGAAUCUGCCACUAUGGAAGCACUCCAGCAGCUGCAGUCUUGGGGAUUUGAUCCUCGUCGACUACAGCAAGUGUCGGAGUACGCUAAGCGUGUAUUAACGCGUACAGUACAGUCAAACAAUCAGCUAUCUGAUACUGACGAAGAAGACGACGACAGCAAGGACGACCUGAAUGAUUUCGAAUGGUAG